AUUUUUUUGAAUCUAAUAAACAAUUAGAACAUCUAAAAGAAGCACAGCAAUCUUUACAAAGAGAUACAAUAUAUGAGAUUAUACAUGAUGUUGAUACUAGAUGGAAUUUGACUUUUUAUGCUUUAUGUCAUUUGUAUAUUCUCAAAUUACUUAUUCAAUGGCUUGCAAAUAUAUUAAAUCAUGAUGCUAAAAGUAAUAUUCGUAAUGAUGGUAUUAAACUUCAAUCUAAACUUUUAAAUGAAGAUGAAUAG